UUGUCUUGUUGUGACACUAUAGUUGGUACUUGUUGAUUGUAAUCUUCUGCUAUUAUAACCAAAUUUAAAAAUGAGUGCAGAGUUUAAAAAACAACCAAAAGGUUUUGCUACGAAGGCUAUUCAUGUGGGUCAGAAACCCGAACAGUGGAAAAGCCUGUGUGUAAUUCCACCAAUAUGUAUGAGCACAACAUAUAAACAAGAUGGUCCUGGAGAACAUAGGGGGUUUGAAUAUUCUCGAAGUGGAAAUCCAACACGUAAUGUACUAGAACAAUGUUUGGCUUCAUUAGACAAUGCUAAAUAUGGACUGACGUUUUCUUCAGGAUUGGGAGCUUCUACUGCUGUACUAACAAUGCUUUCUUGUGGAGAUCAUAUAGUUGUUGGUGAUGAUGUAUAUGGAGGCACAAACCGUUUGAUCAGACAAGUUGCCUCUAGAUUAGGUAUAGAGGCAACCUUUGCGGACUCAACUAAUUUAGAAGAAUUCAAAUCAGCAAUAAGACCCAAUACAAAACUAGUUUGGGUGGAAACGCCGACGAAUCCAUUGACCAAAGUUUGUGAUAUACAAGCUCUAAGCAAAAUAAUACAUGAAUCCGGAGAUAUAAUAUUUGCCGUUGAUAAUACAUUUUUAACAUCCUAUUUCCAACGGCCACUGGAAUUAGGUGCAGAUAUGGUAUGUUAUUCUUUAACAAAAUAUAUGAAUGGUCACACAGAUGUCGUUAUGGGAGCUGUAACUAUGAAUUCUGAAGACUUAUACCAAAGGUUGAAAUUUCUUCAAAAUGCUGUAGGAAUUGUCCCUUCACCAUUUGACUGUUAUCAAGUGAACCGUUCUCUUAAAACACUUGCAAUACGUAUGGAGCAACAUCAAGCAAAUGCUAUUGCUGUUGCAAAGUUCUUGGAAAGUCAAGAUUUCGUUGAAAAAGUUUUGCAUCCAGGUCUUUCAUCACACCCUCAACAUCAAAUGGCCUUAAAGCAAACGUAUGGAUAUAGUGGAGUUUUUUCUUUUUACUUGAAAGGAAAUUUAGAAAACUCAAAAGCGUUUCUAAAAGCUCUUAAAAUUUUUACAUUGGCUGAAAGUCUUGGCGGGUACGAAAGUUUAGCUGAGUUGCCAUCAAUUAUGACUCAUGCAUCUGUUCCUGUAGAAGAUAGAAAAAAACUUGGUAUAACGGAUUCUUUGAUUCGUUUAUCUGUUGGCCUUGAAGAUGCUGAAGAUUUAAUAGCGGAUAUUAAAAAUGCAUUAACAGUAGCAGCAAGCAUUUAGUACGAUAUUAUAAAACAUUUAAUACAAGCAAUAAAUAAUAUGUAUGGAACAUUAAAAA